CAAUUCUUCUAACUGUAUAUUUUGUAUGUGCGUAAUUAAAGCUUUAUCUACCUAUACUUUGCAUAAUAUUUUUUAUUCACCUUUAUUAAAAUUAGCGAGUUAUAUGAAUUUUUAGAAUGAAGGCUGAAUUCUACUUAUAAAAGACACACCUUAAAUAUCUAUUUAAUUCUUGGUAGACAUUCUUAAUCGUACUUUGAAAGCAUUUUCACCUUAGAUUUACAUCAUGAAUACCCUUCUGCUGAUUGCUGUUAUCCUCAGUCUUAUAUGUUUGUCAUCAGGUUUCCCUUUAGGAAAUACUGCGCUCGUGGGCCCUGGUGAACCAGGAACAUUACUUAAAGGUCCAAGAUCGAAAGCUACCGUUAAAGGCGCGGACGGAACGUUUAUUAUCGGUGGAGGAGAUACGGGGGCUGUCGCUUCGGGUCCGAAAGCGGGUGGAGUUGUUGGUGCCGCCGAAGAGUCUGCAGGCCUCAUUGCUCUUGAAUCCCCUGCUCCAGUAUUGGUACAUGAGAGUCCAAUAGUGUCAGACAAUUACCAUGGUUACGGACAAAGUUACAACUUUUAAGAUAUAUAUUUUUAUAGAUAAGAUAUAGAUAUUUAUAUAGAUAACUCGGCGUAAAUUGUGGUUUCAUCAAUUUAUAUAUCUAUUUCAUUAUCGGUAGUUUAAGAGGUAUUUUAAGAGGAUUUAUUCUUCUAACUGUAACUUGUCAUAAAAGUAAUUAUUUGCGUAAUUUAGAAUGUGAUGCAUAUACUGACUUGGUAAAAAUUAUAUAUUUUUUCCCUUGGAUUAUUAUUAUUAUUAUUAAAGGAGGUAUCAGAUACUAAUAUAGUGGCCCUAAGUAGUAUGGUGAGAAUUGAUGAGCCUCAUAUUAUCGCAUGCCUCGAAAUUUCACACUAACCUGUACCUUUCGCCAUUUUCUUAUUAAACACGCACAUUUCAAAAGAA